AUCAUGGAGCACUGUGUGCCUGCUGGCCGCUCUUUAUCACUCUGCAGGCGGUUAUGUUACGCAUCGGGACAUUUUCUAAACGACCUGUGCGCCUCUAUGUGGUUCACCUAUCUCCUGGUCUACCUGCACUCUGUGCUCGGCUUCCAGAGCACAUAUGCAGGUGUGAUGCUGCUGAUUGGCCAGAUAGCGGACGGAAUCUGCACACCUCUUGUUGGAUAUGAAUCCGACAGAGCACCGUGCAAGUACGGCAAGAGAAAAACAUGGCACCUGUUGGGAACUGUGUGUGUUCUUGCAUCUUUCCCCUUCAUUUUCAACCCCUGCCUGGCCUGUAACGACAACACUCCUCAGAGGGUUGCGAUUGUUUAUUUCACUCCCUUCAUCGUCAUCUUCCAGUUCGGCUGGGCAGCCACUCAAAUCUCACACCUGUCCCUCAUCCCGGAGCUCGCGUCCAGCGAGAGCGCCAAGGUGGAGCUCACAGCGUACAGGUAUGCCUUUACCGUGGUGGCCAAUAUCACAGUGUAUGCUGUGGCCUGGCUGCUCUUUCAGUUCCAGGCUGAGCACAGUGUGAACCCCUCCAUGACAGACAACCUGAGUCAGGUGGACAUCCCUGUGUUCAGGAUGCUGGCUCUCAUUAUGGUUGGUACAGGAGCUUUUUUCUCCCUGUUAUUCCAUAUCGGCAUAAAAGAGGAGGUGACACCCUCAAGAAGCGAGUAUGAGGAGAUGAUAGAGACCUCUUCAGAGAUAGUUUUGCCUGUAUUUCAUUGGAAACACUGGCUGAAAGAGCCCUCCUUCUACCAGAUGGCGUUCCUGUACAUGUGCACCAGACUAAUAGUCAACUUAUCUCAGACCUACAUCUCAGUUUACCUCACCAACUCACUGAUGUUACCAAAGAACUUUAUUGCCAUCAUACCUCUGGUGAUGUAUGUCAGUGGAUUUCUUUGCUCUCUGGCCAUGAAACCAGUCAGCAAGCUUAUAGGAAUCAAUAUGACCUAUAUGGUCGGCCUGUUGUUGGUGCUUGGCUUCGCCAUCUGGGUGUUUGUGGAUAAGAACAUGGCAACUGAGAGGGUCUACGGAGCAGCCGUGCUUCUGGGAGCCGGAUCAGCUACAAUCCUGGUCAUGUCUCUGUCCAUGACUGCCACACUCAUUGGGGAGCAGACGCAAAGUGGAGCCUUUGUUUAUGGAUCGAUGAGCCUCACAGAUAAGGUGGCUAAUGGUGUGGGGGUUAUCCUCAUCCAGAUCACACGGCCUUGCAGCAACACAGAGGCAUGCUGCGCCGACUGUGUUUGGUUUUAUCGUGACGUCAUGUCGACGGUAACUGGGGGCGUUGCCAUGGCUGCAGCACUUUGCCUGUUGACGUUUCUAAUCUGGCCGAUCAGGAUACGGAGACGUUAGGGUGUAAAAACUGUGCUUCACUCACUGGUGGUGAUUCUCUCAUACCUGUGCACACACUGACAGAAAACAACCACUCAUGUCAGAGAUUGAAUAACCUACAGAGUUAUGUUAGAGGUGUGGUUUGGGUUAAUCCUUAGAUUUUGCCUUUUUCUUUAAAUCCACUACUCCAAUUUAGCUGCAUAUUUGUAUUCAAGGUCCACAGUGAUUCUUCCUUACUCAUUUCUCUUCCAUGAUGAUGAUUUUUAUGUUGCUUUUUUAAAUGUUUUUAAUAUGUUAAGGUUUGGAAAGGAAAGCCUUUGUAGUUGUGACAAGGGAAAUGGUGCAGAGGAUAAAGCCAUGCUACCACCUAGUGUAUGAGCCUGUUACUACACUGCUCUCUUGGAGGGCCUUGAAACUUUUUAAUUAGAGUAUUCUAUUUAAAACUCCACAUAACAUUUAUUACUUAAAAUAUUUUUCAAUGGAUUUCAGAUUUAUUGAAGCAAUCUAGAAUUUGAUUCACCCAGACUUUGCAUUAAUGCAAAAACCCCCCCCAAAAAGCAGAUUUACAAAAAAAGUUGGAAACCUUGAAUUGAGCACAGCACAAAGACAAGAUAUUUAAUAUUCAAACUGUUAAACUUCUGUUUAUUGAAAAUGUAUAUAUUUACUAUUUCUGAAUUUGAUGCAUUCCAAUGGGUUUUUUUCUUUCAAGUUUUUACACAGUGUCCCAACUUUUUUGGAAUUGGGGUUCUAUUUCAUAUAGAUAUUUACAAACCUAAGUCAAGGGCAACUUGUGAUAGAUAUAUAAAAAUACAUUUUAUAUAGAUGUAUGAGAGACAGUUCCCUGCCUCCACCCUCUACUGUAAAUGAAGCCAAAUGUUUUCCUUGACUUGGCAGCAAUUGUGGCGCUCAUCCAAGAAACUAAACUUGGUGAACU